UUGCCGCGUUCGCUCCGAUCUCACGUACAUAUUUUUUUCCGAGAACAUGAAAAGUGGACUUAUAUGACUUUUUGCCUGAUGGCAGUCGCAGAAAUGAUUGAAUUACGCGAUGAAAUAUUUCCGCUUAUAAUUCAAAUUUUUGACAAACGUAUAGUUCGUAGAAGUCUAAUAUACCUAUAUACAUGCGGCUGACGUAUCAAAAGCGCCAUCUUUUCAACUUGUUUUGGCGCGUGCUGUCCGCAUAACCCCAUCCGAGUAUACCUAUAUAUAUAUACCUAUUGCACGCAUUGUAUGUCCGCGGCUAACUGUCAGCUUAAGAAAAUGGAAAUAUACACGUUUGACAAGAGCCUGCAGGAAAGACUGACAGAAUUCACAAACAUCCUUUCGAAUAGAGGUGAUGUCGUUCCUGCUUCGCAAAUUCGUGCUGAAUGGGCUUACCACACAGAAUUAAUCCUGGAGCCCGUUGGAUGGCAGGGGCUCUGGAAAAUUCCUCGCUUGACGUGUCAGGACUUUCAAAUACAUUAUCCGACUAUAGUUGCUGUAGAAGUUGAAAACGUAGACUUUUCGGAACUUUCUGCAUUAGUUAAAAUCGUGGCUGUGCAAGAUGAUAUCCACUUACCCGACAAAUAUGAUGUGCCUCUGUUGGAACUUUAUCCAACAAAGGAGCAAGAAAAUACAGCAUUGGAUGUUGUAUCCACAGCGGAAUGUAUAGACCAGUUACGCUUCUUCUAUAAUUAUCUGUGGAUGCCUUGGGAUACGGAUGACGACGAGACCAUAGAUUGGGUUGCUAAUCACUUGGAAACAAGGUUGAGAUUGUUCUUUGACAUGAAGAGAGGAGACAUGUGUAAAAAGACUUGUGAUAUGAUUAGGACUUUGAUGAGGGAAGGUCGUGAUAUUCAGGCAAGAAUAGCAAAGUUAGAAAUGGAGAUCUCUGACGACGAAGAUGAAAGUGAGAAGGUUUUAGAUGACAACAGGGCUUGUCAAUUGAUGAAGCUGCACUUUCGUCUUCAACAAAUUAAAACAGAGAUGGAAGUAUAUGAAAAUCCAGCAAUGAGAGAAAUGCUGGUGAGGAACCAGAGCUUUACUGGGAAUGAAGUUGAAAUAAAAAGGAGGGAAAGCAGGGGUCGGCAAUUAGAAGCCCAUUUCGUAUGGCUUGGUGGAUCAUUGGAGGAGACGAUAGAAGCUUUGAAGUCAACUCAGGAUUUUCUUCCAUCUAAUACAUUUACCAAAACUUCAAAUUGUCUACAAGAAGCUCUAGAUAUUUCUGACAAAGGGGACAUUGUUAUUAUCGGAAAAGGAGAACAUGAAAUAAGUGGUGCUGGGAACUUGGAGGAAGGUGGCACAUUAAAAGGUCUAUCCAAGGCUGAGUCAAUAAUUGUAUGUCCAAAGGAAACUGAAAGUGGACCAUCAUUGCUUGACUUUUCUGGAGCUGAAGUCCUCUUGGAGAAUAUUACAGUGGAUCUCAGAGACUUACAAGCUGGAAUUUUAAUUAGGAAAGGAUUAGUAAAGCUUACCAAUUGCCGCAUUGUUGUCGAUAAUCAAAGUGUAAUCAAACUUGGAGUUGUUGUUUUACCUGGUGCCAGACUGAUUGCCAAGAAUACCUAUUUUACAGGAUUGGGUACAUGCGUAGUUGUGCACACUUCAGCUGAGGCUGUAUUAUCUGAUUGUACCUUUGAUGAUUGUGUUGAAGGAAUCCAGCUCAAUAACAAAUCUAAAUUGUCCGCUAGCAAUUGCUCUUUUACAAAUUGUAAAGAGUACGCCAUUCGCAAAGAAACUGAGGAUCUGAAUAAUUCUGAGGCUCAGAUCGGUGAUGUAGACAUAUUGCAAAACGCAUCUGAAAUUCUGAUACAAGAUUGUAGAUUUGAAAAUAAUCUUAAAGGUAACAUCAAUUUAAAGCCAUGUUCAAACAUGAUUCUACCAGUUAAGCAAGAAAAUAUGAUUAUUUCUUGAAGUAAAUAUACACAAAAUUGAUAUAGUGCUAUUUCGCACAGUAUAAUGACAAGGUAUUACGUUACUUUUUAUAUUUUUAUACGAUUUUGUACAUUUAUAAAUAAAUUUUAACCUUACCAAAGCA